UGAUUGAUAUAGACAUAGUAAUAGUGUGUUCACCACAGACAUGAGCAUGCUCGUGUUCCUGCCUCUCUCCCUCUGUAAUUCCUGUAGUGUGGACGUGGGGAAGUCUCCUGUGAUUCCGUUUGUGUACGUGCGGUACGACGGCCUCGUGCAGAACUACAGGCCCAUCCAGGUGGUGACGGCCUGCAGCCUCAACAUCUACAACUUCCCCUUCGACGUCCAGAACUGCAGCCUCACCUUCCAGAGCUGGCUGCACACCAUUAACGACAUCAACAUCUCGCUGAUCCGGACCGCGGAGCAGGUGAUGUACGACAAGAACGUCUUCAUGAACCAGGGCGAGUGGGAGCUCCUGCACAUCCUCUCCCAAUACAACUCCUUCAGCAUCGACGACCAGGACCACUACGCCGAGAUGAAGUUCCACCUGGUGAUCCGGCGGCGACCGCUCUUCUACACGGUCAGCCUGCUGCUGCCCAGCGUCUUCCUCAUGGUGAUGGACAUCGUGGGCUUCUACCUGCCUCCCGACAGCGGGGAGAGGGUGUCCUUCAAAAUCACCCUGCUCCUGGGGUACUCCGUGUUCCUCAUCAUCGUCUCCGACACCCUGCCGGCCACCGCCAUCGGGACGCCCCUCAUCGGCGUGUACUUCGUGGUGUGCAUGGCCCUGCUGGUGAUCAGCCUGACGGAGACGGUGCUGAUCGUGCGGCUGGUGCACAAGCAGGACCUGCAGCCGCACGUGCCCGACUGGGUCAAGCGCCUGGUGCUCCAGCGGGCCACCGCCCUGCUCUGCAUCCGGAACCGCCGCAAGUUCGGCCCCGUGCCGCCCCGCCCGCCCGACCCCGUCGGCACCAACGAGAGCAGCGCACACACCGACAGGUGUAAUCACCACGGCAGCGAGAGCGGGAGGGACGUGGAGAAGGGGGCGGGGCUGGGCUCGGGGCCGGUCCCGGUGGUCAAGGACAGCGUGGCGGUCUUGGAGAGCGUCCUGCAGGAGGUCGGCUCGAUCCGGCGCUUCCUGGAGAGGCGGGAGCAGUACCGGGAAAUCGCCCGGGAGUGGCUGCAGGUGGGCUACGUGCUGGACGUCCUCCUCUUCCGCGUCUACCUGGCGGCCAUGCUGGCCUACAGCUUCACGCUCGGCACCCUGUGGUCGGUCUGGCAGUACGCCUGAGGCCCUGCCUCCUUCGCCGCCACCCCCCGCGACAGGGCCAGCUGUGUCUAAACACGCUUCUGUGAUGCAGGACGAUACCUUCUGACCCCACCUAACACCUGCACCCUAUUCAGCUGCUGUGGCUGAGCCAAGACAGCUUGGAACAGAACAGUGACAUCACUGUAGAUGAGACAGGAAGUAUUCAUGAAGUGAGCGCAGCCGUAUAACAAAAUAACAACACAAUGGCUCCACUGUUGUUUAAUACAUGUAUUAUUGACUUUGUAAAAUGCAUAAUCCUCCCAAUGUGCUAGUAAAUAAAUAGUGAAUAUUGUGCUUUGUUUGUGUUCAGAGCAGGGGUAUACAGUUUUUCUAUAAAAAAUCUGUUUUGUUUUUGGUCUGGCCAUUUGGCGGGUUAUGUUGCUUUCCUGAAAUGUGCAAUUCAAAAAGUUACUGAUGUGCUGAACUGAUGUUGUACUAACUGUCAUGUAGUAAACAAAGCCAAAGAAAUUCCAAACAGACAAAUCAAUGUAGACUUCUCGGCAUUAUCGCGUUGUGCUAAACUAAAAAUAAUGUACCUGCUUCUGAGACAGCUUCACUUUCAUCAUUCCUGUUUUCAACGCAGCACGUCAUGUUAGAUUGCAUUUUUGUGUAACUUAGUCCAACUCAAUAUGGAUGUAUUCAAAUGGCAUCAAAGUGCCUCUUACCGAAACAGCUGUUCCAGAAAUUGUUGUUUUGAGAUAGGAUGCUCAUUACGCUACCAUUCCUCGACACCACCAUCUUUCAGGUUAAUCUAGAGAGCCAGAACCCGGGCGGAGGAGUAGGAGGAGAGGGACACGAGCGAUAAAUUUAAUUUUCAUUUGUUUUAGUGUUGUGCGAGGCAUUGUUUUCUGCCGUUGGCCGGGGUAUAAAAGGCAUUAGGGCCGCGUUGAGAGGGAUAUGAUCUGCUGCUAUCUCAGCUAUGAAAUUCCAGUCUCGCAAUUUGCCGAGGCGUACAGUACACAGCGACUGACACUGAGUGCCUGUUAUCUGAGGAGACCAAAAUCAGCGUUCCUCUGUCCCCAAAGCACUAGAACAACCGUGGUGUUACCAUGGUGAAUAAAGACCAACAGAAGCU